CUGUCAUCCUUCCAACCAUGUGGCUGUAUGCUAGUGAGCGUUUCCAGGCUGAGUCAUGGUUCUAUGGCAUCAUCUUUGCAGCCUUCAGUUUUAGCUCGCUUAUAAUGAGUCCCCUAUUUGGAAUGUGGGUGGACUACACCAGGAAUACCAAAGCAUGCAUCUUGUUUGCUAAUCUUUUUGAAAUGGGAGGUAAUUUCCUGUAUUUCAUUGCUUGGUCCAAGUACUGGAUUCUUGGAGGCCGCUUAGUGGCAGGAAUUGGGGCUGGGGUCAGCUCUGCUAUAUUCGCACAAAUUGCACGAACAACCACUGAAGAGGAACGUACAAGUGUUUAUUCAAUUGCAAUGGGACUUAGACAGUUUGGUCUGUUGAUAGGCCCUGGUAUGAAUGUAUUUCUGAAGGAGUGUAAUUUUAAACUGGGUCCAUUCAAAGUCGACCACUACACCUCCCCUGGGUUAUUUAUGGCAGCCAUUUGGCUUCUUCAAGAGAUACUUAUGAUUUUCAUGUACUACGACCUCCCGUCUGUCAAUCAAAAUGACAAGGAACCUGUUUUUACAGAGAAACCACAAAUAACAAAUGGGUUACAUGCUAACAAAGAAGGGAUCACCAAUGGUGGACUAUCACAUCUUCCUGAUAACAUAGGCAGUAUUAAUACAGCUGCAAAGGACAAUUUGUGUGAAAUUUCCUCACUUAAUAACUCAGACUCUGCCACUGUGCACAAGAGAAGAUCUAGUUCAGUGAGCUCUCAUAUUGUGGAUACAUGGAGGUUAUCGAAAGAGCUCAUGAGGGAGGAGAUUAUAAUAAUCCUUGCUUCACAGUUUAUCAUGUUUUUUAAUGAAACAGCAUUUGAGGCACUUUUCACACCCCUGUCUAACCACCUGUUAGGAUGGAAGGAGCUCGAAAACAGUGUUGCUUACUGCCUUAUAGCUCUUGAGGCCAUACUUACAUUUGUUCUGGUCAGCAAAGUGAGUAAAAGACUAUCAGACAGGUGGCUAAUGGUGAUUGGGGUGAUAUUUGAAGGACUUGCUCUUGUCUGGUACCUUAUAAUGUUGGCUGAUUCCAAACCAUAUGAGGCAAAGAUCCUGCCUACUGUUAUCGUGGGGACACUGAUAAUUGUAUUUGGUCUGCCAUUUUUCUCUGUUGCAAAUAUCUCACUUCUCUCAAAGUUAACAGAUGACAAAGUACAGGGUGUGGUUCAAGGUUUCCAGCGUUCCUCUACAGGAGUAGCCAUGAUAUUAGGGCCCAUGUGGGGAGGCUCCCUGGUCGACAGGCUGUUUCUGCUGCUUGCAGUGAUGUUUGGUUUAGAGGUCUUUCUAGCAAUCCUGAUGGCCUUAUCAUUUGGCAGACUCAAGGCUCCAAGCUCCUCUAAGCUAGACAUGCCAUCACAGUAUGCUGAGAUUAGCACAGAUGAGAAUAAGCCUCUGCUCUCAUAGUACAGACAGCUACAGAAAAUGUGAGAGGUUAGGUUGAUUCAAGUUCCUCUGUCUAGUUUGGGCAAAUUUCCCAUGGCUCUAGUCCCCUGUCAAGCUGUUUUUGAGUGACACACAGAACAGAUGCACAGAAGAAUACCAUGUAUCAUGCUACGUGACAAUGAUUUUUCUUUUAAUCAUAUAUUGACCUACAUCAUGAAGAUCUUCAUAAACCAUACAAAAUUGCUUUCCCAAGAUGGGAGGGUAUUUCAAAUUUGUUAUUGUAAGGCAGCAUAUUUAUGUUAGCCUAGGGAGAUAUUUUCCUGUUGAGCAGCUCUGUUUCAAAAAGACUUGACACUUCAGUAGAAAACAAUGACAUUGGACGCCUUUUGUGUGAAAAUUGAUUUUCUGGCUGGAGCUAUUAAUGCACCCAGCCUCACCCAUGGAUUCUUUUUCUGUUGACUGCCCCCUCACCCUUACUGGAAGGGAGGGGUUUUCCAACAAAUGCUAUAAAUACGUUCCUGUCAUCUUCGAUUUUUACAGUCAUGGUCCUGAAUGUAAAUAGGUAGGGAAUUCCUCAGUUUAUUAUAUCAUUUGAAGCACAACAUGGUCAGGACCAUAGCUAGCAGGGGGAGGGGAGGGGGACACUGCUUCCUAGUAGAGUAGGGAUUUUACAAAGGACAUAUGCCUCCUCCUCCCCCCCCCUCGAUAUUUACUAGCUGUAGUCAUGACAAGUCCACAAAGUCAACUAAAAAUCCUCUUUAGGAAUUUGUAUUAAAAUUUUAUAUUCAAAUUACACAGAGUCAUUCCCAUACAUAGAAUAAAUUUCUUAAUAAAAGUAAAAGUUUUGAAAAUAGGUAAA